UGCAGCGGCCGGUGCGGUGUUGGGCGUGCUAAACGCAGCCAAAACAGUCGCGUAGGCCCGAACACGCUUACACACGACCGCCCGCGACCCGGCCGGUGCGCGCGGGCAGCUCCGCGACGCGCACGUUUCACAAGAAUCACAAAAAUGGCGUCGCCCGCCGCGAAGGCAGCCCUCGAGCGGCGCCUGCGCGGCGCGUCCGCCCGCGUGACGCCGCGGGACGACGACGACGACACCAUCAAUAAUGACGCGCAAGCGACGCCGCGGCCGCCGCCGUUCAGCCCCGACGAGGUGCCGACGCAGGGCAAGGAGAUUCCCAGGGGCGACGCGACGCCGCGCGACGAGGACCUGCGGGACGCGAGCCCGCGCCAGGGCCGAAGUAUACCAAUGGACACCUCGUCCUUCAUCUACUGCCCGCCGCGGCCGCCGUCGCUGCGAGAAACGGCCAAUGCUGAUAGAGCGUUCCUCAAGGAAGUCAUGGGCGACGCUUCGACAUCUCUCGCGGGCGCCGAGUACGGCCUCAAGCAGGUCAACGAGUUAUUUAGGAAGAUUCGAUUGCUCAAUUUGAAUGACGAGGCCGCGACGGCUUUUGUCGACGCGAAUCGGCUCUUCGAGGAGAUCCAGAAGGAUAUAGGAUCCGCGAGAGGCAACUUCGGCGUGGCCGCGUCGGCCGUGUCGGCGGCGGGCGCGCGGGACACGAUGAUGGUUGGAGUGGCCGAGGUCGCGUCUGAGUUCUACGAGCAGCAACUGAAUCGUUUAGGGUUGGAAGACGACCUCAAGGGCUACCUGCCGCGAGGCGCGGAUCUCCUGGACACUCACCGAAUGUCAGUCAAACUGCUGGAGGUGGAACUGGCCUCGUCGACGGACCGCAUCGACGACGUCGUCUACGAACAGAUGCAGGCCGUGGCCGAUAGAUAUUUAGCAAUGGGCUCGGCGCGCAUCUACCACAACGACGCCGCGCGCCAGGCGACGUGCGCCGCGGCCGACUGCUACAGGAUGUGCUGCGACUAUGCGGCGAGUGCCGUGGCGGCAUCAACAGCCGCGCGGGCCGCGUUCAUCAAGGACACGGCGGCGUCGGCCACGGACUUUGCGAAGGCUGCGAACGCGGCGUCGGACGCCUCGAAGCAGAUGAUGGAGGCCGCGCGGUACCGGGCUGUGUGGAAUCAAAUUUUACGGCGCGUUCGUGCUGAAUCGUCGCGUCGUCCUCCACGCCAUCGACGCGACGCCUGCUCGAUGGCGUGGCAAUGUCGGUUCCUCACCGCUCGACGGAGCCAGCGCGGCCACGUCAUCGCCGAGAAAUGACUUAGUGAGGAAUUAUCGGGUGCACCCGACACACUGGUUGAUUUCCACACAGGUACCGCGAGAAGCGGGCCCUGCGCCAGGCGAAGGAAUUACGGGAGAACGGCGAGCGCCUCCAGAAGGAAGUGGAAAGACUCCAGCCGGACGCCGCUUGUCGCGGACGGCGCGCGCGACCCGCCACCUCGCUCCAGCGGUCGCCGCGCACGGAUCAACAAACCAUGUGCGAGAUCCGGACUGCUUUAAAUGACCUCGGCAAGGCCGACGACCCCUUCGAGCGCUCGGGCGCGCUGGAAGCGCUGGCGGCGACGUUACGACGCGAGGCGCCCGCGUCCGUCGUCAUGGGCGCCGGCACGGCGGAGCUCGUCGCGACGGGCGGCGCGCGCAAGGUCGCCCAGGAGAUCGCCGACGCGCCCCUGGACGAGGCCGACGCGCGAUUGGAGCGGCCAGUCCAUCGCGCGCCGCAUCGGAUAAAGGAGCCCCUGUCGCCGCGGCGGCGCCACUUGUUGGAGCGGAACGACCUGCCGGUCCGGGGCACGCUCCUCGAACCCCCGCCGGUUGCGACGCGAGAUUUAUUGGAGGACCUCGGUCUGAAGAGCGACGCUAUUAGAACCGUGCGCGACUCGGCGGAGCUGUCGCCGCGGCGGAGCAAAACGCGGCGGCGGCCGCCGGCGGACUGGGAACUGAAGGCGUCGACCCGCUCGGACGGCGACUUCGGGGCCACCCUGGCCGAGGCGCUGGCCAACGCGGCGGUCGAUCCCGUCCUCCGGGCGAGUGAUUCUAUCCGGGCGAGUGAUUCUAAGCUGAAGGCGUCGUCACGCUCGGGCGGCGACUUCGGGGCCACCCUGGCCGCAGCGCUGGCCACGGAGAGAGUUGAUACUCCACCGGGGGAGUGAUUCUAAGCUUCGGGUUGUUUGUA